AAGAUCAAAGAGUGGUUUCAAAACCAUGGAAGACGCAUCAGGAUGCCGAAGUUUGGAUAUGUCAAACUCAUUUCCACCAGAUAUGUAGUUGCGCACCUGCGCCAGGAGCAAAUACAUGAGGUCGUGACUCGGCUCGCAAAGGGCGCGCCACCUGGGUCAAGAGCGUUUCUUGCUAAAUACCAACAAGGCCUAAAGGAAGUAAUGGGUGGUCUCACAGACGCUGAGAAAGAGGAGUAUAAAGGCUUGGCAGAGGAAUGGACGAAUGCCGUACCGCCCCCUGACGUCCAAAGAAAACUCAAUUCGAAACAUGGCCUGGGCAUGAUGAGAGAAAUGGAUAAAGUCAAGCAAUACCAGCUAGGAGUUUUCAGCUGGAGUCUGGUGGGCGACAUAGAUGAAAAUGGACAACAUAGGAGCGCUUGGUUGGACCAUAAUGCCGAUUUUGGUCCUGAGGGCCUCCGAGAGUUCAGAGAUAUGUUUCCUGAGGCUGUAGGUAACAUUCUGGAAGCCUGGGUCCAGUAUUUGAACUACAUUCAAGGGGCCUUCAGAUUCACCGGCGCAACAUUGCUAUACCAGGCUGAGGCAGAAACGGAAGGCGCCGCAUUUUGA